UUUCACCUUCGGCCUCUCCAAGAGUCUUGUUCCGUGGGCCUUUAAUAAUUGUGACUGCGCCCUUGUUGGAUUGCGGCAGAGUGCAACUCCUUAGCUCGUAUAUCAGUCUUGCGUUCUGGGCUCCACUAAAUAAUUAUAAAUAUCUGAAGCAGCUAUAAGCUCUGCAGUGCCUUUCACUCAUUUACCAGCCUAUUAAUCAAUAAUCAUACUAUCUGUCCUGCUGUUUGUUAUAAGCUUCAACAUGCGUGAAAUAGACCCUCUCGUCAUUGAAUAUCAACAUGACAGGCACCGACCCAGGGAAUCUGAAGCCUUAACCAUGCUCAAAAAGAUCGCAUCACUGGUCAAACCUAUCAUGCGCCGGAGGACCUGGAAAGUAGGGACGCUCAGUGAAUUCUACCCACAUCAGCAAAACCUCCUUGGGCUUAAUAUCAACAAAGGCCAAAAAAUAUGUCUUCGACUGCGGUACCCUUAUGACGAGCGUCAAUUCCUCCCGCUCGAACAAGUCGUCGAUACGAUGCUGCAUGAACUUUGUCACAUCGUACAUGGGCCGCAUAACCGAGAGUUCCAUGCUCUCUGGAACCAGCUACGCGAUGAGUAUGAAGAGCUUCUUAUGAAGGGCUAUACUGGGGAGGGAUUCCUUUCUGAAGGUAAACGCCUAGGUGGCCGUAGGAUACCUCUUCACGAGGUCCGGAGACAAGCCAAAGCGGCCGCAGAGCAGAGACGGGCGCUGUCCGCUGGGUCAGGGCAACGACUGGGGGGUGCUCCGGUACGAGGAACAGACAUGCGCCGAGUUAUCGCGGAUGCUGCACAAAGACGCAUAGAUGUAACGACAGGCUGUGCAUCGGGAGCGGAAAAUAGCAACGAACUGGCAGAAGAAGCGUCUAGAAAUGGCUUCCGGACGAAGGCUGAGGAAGACGACGCAAAUGAACAAGCAAUUAUGCAGGCUUAUAUUGACCUGAUUGAGGAAGAAGAGAGGGAGAGAUACGGCCCUUCUUACGUCCCCCCAAGCCAUGAGAACCCGGCUGGGCCCCGUUCAACUUUAUCUCCUCCACUUGUUCCCGAGAGCACUAGGCCUACAAUGCCGUCGCAACCUCCAGAACCAAUAGAUCUUACAGUUGACGACAGCCUCUUCGAGGCGCCAUGGACGUGUCCAGCUUGCACUUUAGAAAACCCGGCCAGCUUUUUGUGUUGUGAUGCCUGUACAGCGGAGCGACCUCGGCCAUCGAAUACACGUUCUGUAUCUGGACCUGCCAAGAUUCCGAGCAGCUCAGGAUCCCAGAACAAGAAUAAGCGCCGGAGAAGCUACCUGGAUGGCCAACCCACUUUCAAAAACCGUACUAAUGCCGUUGAGACUCUCGCCGCUCUUGAAAGAAAGACCGCUAAACGGCCACUUGGGUGGGUCUGUCAAUUCUGCGAGACUUUCAUGGAGGCGGAAUGGUGGACAUGCUCAAACUGUGGGACAAUGAAGGCCAACUCUUAAAAAACCUAUGGACUGCCCUCGUACUACUUAAUUGAGCCUGGUCUUCUGCUCUCCUGAUGAUUUCACGAAAGAUGACGAUAUACGACUGUUUUAAUGGACAUUAUAAUUUUCACAUACUUUUCUCAUAGCAUAUAUUAAAC